GCCGCAUUAGUAGCCACCUAUCUCGAUUGUGUACACCGAUGCUACGGCCUAGCUAUGGUGGCAAAUAUACACACGAAAGCUUCUAGUUUACCUCCACCACUAAAGAACUGGAAAGAAGUAAUAAACCAUGUUCAAAAGAAGAACUGGCUAGAAGCAGCCGAAGAAGAAUGGCUAUCUAUCAUGGAUUCGGCACCUACUUACAGAGCUAUCGUAUGAUGGAGAUGACCUACAUCUAAUACAGCUCUAUGGCGACAACCUACCGGCUAUCAAUCUUACCCAUAGCGAUGCACACCACGGCCGAACAAAGUAUAUGGAUCUCCACUACCUCUAUAUUAAACAAGAGGUGCAGCAGCAGAAGAUAGACCUACAGCAUAUCGGAACAAACGAAAUGCUAGC